AGCCUUCAAUAAUUGACUGUUCUUAUUUUCCUUCAAUCGAACAAUAUCAAAAUCACUGUGUUUAACUCUCUUUUAUCCAACGUGUUCGUUGACCCAUGCGCAGUUGAACUCUGACACCUCUGAUAUUGGGAUUGAAUGAUAUAGUUGAACAUGCAAGAUAAACAGUUAAAUAUGAAAGAAAACCCGAAAAACAGCUUUUACUCAAGCAAAUACAGAUGUGAUCUUGCAACAAUUUUCAUCGUUAUUUUUGUGUAUCCAGUGUAGCUGAUAAAAUAGCUAAUACCAUGUAAAAUGUAUAAAAAGCCCAAAGAACAAAUCGUUUCUCUACCUUUCUGAGUAGCAUCAGCUCUACUAGAGAUCAACAUGAAGCAAACAGUUGCAGUUCUUCUUCUCGUUGCCUUCUUGGCUCAGACCUACGCGAGUGAGGAGUUUGACGACUCUGAUAGACACCCUUAUGUACAAUGUAAGAUCGACUUGUACGACUGCCUAAGGCUUAACAAGAAGAGCAACACCCAAUGCUUGGCUGACUACAAGACCUGCAUGUCUGUUCUUCUUCCCACUGUACCACCACUUGUGGUCAAGUGCAAAAACGAGCUAACGGUCUGCAAAGCCAAUGCAGGCGGUUUGUACGACAAAAUGAAAUGCUAUGCCAACUUCGCCAAAUGCAUGGUACCAACUGAACAUCCAUACUUCCAAUGCAAAAUCGAUCUGGCCAAAUGCGUUAAAGACGGAGUCAAAGACAAGUUGGUUUGCAUGAAGGACUACAAGAGCUGCAUGGCACAACUGCUUCCUACAAUCCCCCCAAUCGUGUCCAAGUGUAACGUGGGGUUGAAUACAUGUCUGGCUGCUGCAAAUGACUACAAGGGCAAGGCCAAGUGUUACACCGACUUCGCCAAAUGCAUCAAAAAUGGAUUAACCUCAUGAUGUAAUAGAUUUGAAAUAAAAAUACAGAUCCUAGUAC